AUGACUGUCGACACAAUGGACUCAAGCAAGAGCAGCGGAGAUGAAUCCGCUGUCAUUGUGACACCCACAGAUACAGAGCCUCAGAAGGAGGAAACAACAUCAGAGACAAAGCCCCAAGACACAAAGACAGAAGAAAUCAAGACUGAGGAGACAAAGACUGAAGAGUCCAAGACGGAAGAGUCCAAGACAGAUUCCAAGCCAGAACCCGAAGAAGAAAAGAAAGAAAAGAUCAUCGUCGGUCUCCUCACAGAAAGCAAAGACCUCUACGCCAAAUUCGACAAGAACGGCUCCCGUUCAUGGACAGACAAGUACCCAGACGACCUCGAAGAGGCAGCAGAGAAUGAAGAAACCCAAAAAUACGCAGUCAUCAUUCGCAAGGUGAAGCCCAAGGAGGCCGACUCCAACAAGCCCCUUGACAUCGACAGUAUCGUUGUUCAGUCCCCUUACCUUAAGCGUGCGCUCGGAAAGGUCUUUGAUGACUACCCCGGUAUCAUCACCGACGUCACCCGUCUCAAGUUUUCAGCCCCUUUCCACUGCUUUGUUCAUCGCUGGGAGCGAUUUACAGAGGCAAAUGAUGACGCUAGCUGGGACGACAUUACUCGGGAGCACGUUACGCUGUUGCACAAGAUCUUGGAGGAGGAGCUGGGUGAGAUUAUCCAGCUCAGGAAGGAUUACUUCAAGAACCGCGCUGUCGCAUUCGAGCACGCUUGGGCACUCUUCUCCCCUGGUUGCACAGUAUGGGGUAGCGUCCGAGGAAAGCCUGUCGCUGCUCGCUUUGACUCAGGAAACUAUGUCAAGACGCAAUGCGGUUUGGUGUACAGUAUGAGCUGCAAAGGCAUCGACUGGGAUGGAAAGAGCAUGGGCUGGGCAGACGUGAACAUGCAGAUCAGAGACUUUACCGGCACAGUCCCAUUCUCCAACCUUGCCUGCUACCCCCUCGAGUAUCACCCCAAGCCUGAAGCCGCUCGUGAGCUCCUUCUCCAGCGUGGUCGCAAGUUCGAGAGUCUUGCGGGCUAUCACUACAAGGCCUACAGCGGCACUGCCAUCUGGCAUGUGUCCUCUACCAAGUCUCGCCAGGAGAACGUCAACUCCCGUAUCGUGAUUGAUGGAGCCAACUGGGAGAAGCUGAACCCUGAUCAUAUGAUCUGGAUGAACUACCUCUGGAACGAACAGGAGGUUGCGGAAAACGCUGCGGACAGCGAUGAUGAAGGCGGUGAUAACUACUCGGAGUACGGCUCUGACGCAGUGAAGCCUGAUGUUGACGCCAGCUCCCGUUUGGCCUUGACAGAGGAGCAGCUCAUCAUGACAUCUCCCAUUGUGCGAGGCUAUGCCCUCAAGAACAAGCGAUGGAUGGAGUUCUACAUCGAUGACGUGACAGACGUCAAGUUCAACGACCAGGCUUUCGACUCUCUUGUUCUUCCCGAGGAUCAGAAGGAGCUUAUCCUCGCUUUCGCCCAGAGCCAGGUCAAGUUCAAGAACGUAUUUGAUGACAUUAUCUCUGGCAAGGGCAAGGGCAUCAUCAUGCUUCUGUCGGGUGGCCCCGGUAUCGGCAAGACACUGACUGCCGAGUCGGUGGCGGAGGAGAUGAAGGUUCCUCUGUACAUCAUGAGCGCAGGUGAUCUAGGCAGUGACGCGUACGAUAUCGAGGAGAACCUUAAUCGCAUUCUCGAGAUGGUGGCCAACUGGAAUGCUGUCCUCCUUCUCGACGAGUGUGAUGUCUUCCUCGAGGCUCGAUCAGCACACGACAUUGAGCGUAACCGCAUCGUGUCCAUCUUCCUCCGCACGCUGGAAUACUACGAGGGAAUUCUCUUCCUCACAACCAACCGUGUCAAGGACAUGGACCAAGCUUUCCACAGCCGAAUCCACAUGUCGCUCGAGUAUCCCGCCCUCGACGCCUCAGCACGUGAGUCUGUCUGGCGAGGAUUCUUGAGCCGUGCCAUCACCUUGCAAGCUACUGCCGAAGGUGACUCGGCGCAUACUAUCACAGAGGAGGAGAUCAAGGCUCUGGCCGGGCUGGACCUGAACGGACGACAGAUCAAGAAUGUGCUCAAGACGGCGAACUUGUUGGCUUGCCACAAGGAGGAGAAGCUGGGAUUCAAGCACUUGCGGAUUGUUUUACGGGUUGAGGGACAUUCGUUGUAA